AAUUAAUUACAAUUUUAAUCGAAAUCAGCAGGAUCCUCCAACUUUGCGUCUUACUCCAUCGAACUCCGAAUUCGAACCCCCACUACAAUUGUUUUUAAAGUGAUGAAAGUUAUUGUCUUUAACAGCUACAGUUUUUAUUCCCAGUGUUCUACAGAAGUCAGGAGACAGAAGAGAAAAGAAGAUCAUCACAGCUACAGGACACGACCCAGAACCUGCUGCUGUAAAUGACUUCCAGAAAAAGUUCAAAUUAAAUCUGAUGGAGAAAUUUCAGUGUUUAAAUGGAGUGAUGAUAAACCCGGAAAACCGAACACUCCUGAAUGAGAUCUACACAGAGCUCUACAUCACAGAGGGAGACAGUGGAGACGUCAAUAAAGAACAUGAGGUGAGACAGAUCGAGGCAGCAUCCAGGAGAACAACAACAGAGGAAACGCCAAUCAAAUGCAAUGACAUCUUUAAGCCCUUAUCUGAUCAAGACGGACCCAUCAGAACUGUGCUGACAAAGGGAGUCGCUGGCAUCGGAAAAACAGUUUCUGUGCAGAAGUUCAUUCUGGACUGGGCUGAAGGGGAAGUAAAUCAGGACGUCCAGCUCAUGUUUCCACUUCCUUUCAGAGAGCUGAAUUUGAUGAAGGACCAGAAACUGAGUCUGAUGGAUCUCCUUCAUGUCUGUUUAAAGGAGACAAAAGAAACAGAAAUGUCCAUUUUGGAAAAGGUUCUGUUCAUUUUUGAUGGAUUGGACGAGUGUCGUUUUCCUCUGGAUUUCCAGAACACAGUGAGAGUGUGUGAUGUAACUGAAUCAGCAUCAGUGCAUGUGCUGCUGAUAAACCUGAUCAAAGGGAAUCUGCUUCCCUCUGCUCUCAUCUGGAUCACCUCCCGACCAGCAGCAGCUGAUCAAAUCCCCUCUGAGUGUGUCCAUCGAGUCACAGAGGUACGAGGGUUCAGUGACCCACAGAAGGAGGAGUACUUCAGGAAGAGGAUCAGUGAUCAGAGCCUGGCCAAUAACAUCAUCACACACCUGAAGUCAUUAAGAAGCCUCUACAUCAUGUGCCACAUCCCAGUCUUCUGCUGGAUUUCAGCCACUGUUCUAGAGAGAAUGUUGGAUGAAACAGAGAGUGGAGAGAUGCCCAAGACUCUGACUCAAAUGUACACACACUUCCUCAUCAUUCAGACAAACAUCAUAAGAGAAAAGUACUCAAAGAAGCAGGAGAGUGAUGAAGAAAUGCUUCUCAAACUGGGACAACUGGCUUUUCAGCAGCUGAUGAAAGGCAACCUGAUCUUCUAUGAGGAAGACCUGAGAGAGUGUGGCAUUGAUGUGAGAGAAGCAGCAGUGUACUCAGGUGUGUGUACGCAGAUCUUCAGAGAAGAGUUUGGACUUCACCAGAGUAAAGUGUACUGCUUUGUUCAUCUGAGCAUUCAGGAGCAUCUCGCAGCUCUGUAUGUGCACCUGACAUUCAUGAAGGAAAAGAGAAAUGUUCUUGAACAGAGUUGGGUCUUUAAGACAAUUUCAGAUGUCCUCAAGAGUGCUGUAAAUCAGGCCUUAUACAGUGAGACUGGACAUCUGGAUCUUUUCCUUCGUUUUCUUCUGGGUCUCUCACUGGAAUCCAAUCAGAAACUCUUACAUACCUUAGUAACACAUACAGGAAGUAGCUCCCGGACAGGAAAGGGGGACACAGUACAGUACAUCAAGGAGAAGAUCAGUGGAGAUCCCCCUACAGAGAAAUCCAUCAAUCUGUUCCACUGUCUGAAUGAACUGGGGGACAAUUCUCUAGUGGAGGAAAUCCAACGCUACCUGAAAUCUGGAAUACAAAGUGAACUCUCUUCUUCACAGUGGUCUGCUCUGGUGUUUAUCUUACUGACAUCAGCAGAGGAGCUGGAGGAAUUUGACCUGAGUAAAUAUAUCUCUACAGAUAAAAUAACAGAUUGGAUUCUUGAGAAGGUGAUGCCUGUGAUUGCAGCAUCCAGAAAAGCAAUGUAA